ACUCUAUUACGGCGGCCUCAUCUAAACGAGCAACCGUAGCUCUUCCCACCUGCGACUUCAACAGUUCCAACUUUCAAGGAGCUGCCUGAAUUUUGGUGAUCGAAGGUUGCCAAAAUGGAAGUGUGAUUCGAAGGUUGCCAAAAAAGUGAGUGCAAGGAGGGGUACAAUUUGGUGUAGAGGAGCCUUGGACUUCUAUAGGAACUAUACACUCUUUCAAAAGAACUUAAGAAGUUGGUGUUUAGUGUUUAGACAGUUGACUUAAUUCAUUAAGACAUUGAUGCGAGCAAGUUCGAAUAUUCAAUUUUUGUUUAGGGUGUUACCAAACUCAUGAACUAAUGUUAGUAUGUUACUCUGACUUGGGAGUUAGGACCACUUUGGUGAUUCCAUCAUAACAAACUGCAAUUCUAUUUGGAUCCUGAGGAAUUUGGGUUAAAAUCAAGUUUCUGAAUAUAAUAAUUAUGUUAAUGCCUCCCCUGGGUUAUUUAUCAUGUUUGUAACUCGCAAUAAUGCGUCAAAUCACCAAGGAUCAAACAAGGCUGUGAUUCAUUUUGUUCAAGGACAACUCCAAAGUUUUGGCUUGGUAUUUGACUCCUGCAACUUUUUGUGGCAUUGUCAUUGUGACGAGGGUAUAUCUUAAGGAUCUAUGGAGGAACACAAGUUUUCCAUUGGUCAGGAGUUUCCUGAUGUCAAGGCUUUCCGAAAUGCAAUUAAAGAAGCUGCUAUUGCACAACACUUUGAACUGCGUGUAGUAAAAAGUGAUUUAAUCCGUUAUAUUGCAAAAUGUUCAUUUGGAGACUGUCCAUGGCGUAUCCGUGCUGUUAAGAUUUCUAAUUCUCCCAUAUUCACUGUACGUAGUUUGGAACCUACACAUACGUGUGGCUGCAAUGCUCAGAAUGCGCAUAAUCAGGCUUCUGUUGAUUGGAUCGUGAGUUUCAUAGAGGAGCGACUGCGGGAUAAUAUAAAUUACAAGCCAAAAGAUAUAUCACAUGAUAUUCAAAAACAAUAUGGGAUAACAAUACCUUACAAGCAGGCUUGGCGUGCUAGGGAACGGGGCCUUGCAGCAAUUUACGGUUCUUCUGAAGAGGGAUAUUUCCUUCUUCCUUCCUUUUGUGAUCAAAUAAAGAAAUCAAAUCCCGGAACUGUUGCAGAGGUUUAUACUGAUUGUGCAGAUGAUCGGUUUCAACGUCUCUUUGUUUUUUUUUAUGCAUCCAUUUAUGGGUUCCUGAACGGUUGCUUACCCGUGAUAGGGCUUGGUGGGUUACAGCUUAAGAACAAGUAUCUUGGGACCCUAUUGGUAGCAACUUCUUUUGACGCAGAUGGGGGGUUAUUCCCCCUUGCUUUCGCUGUUGUUGAUAUGGAGAAUGACGAGAGUUGGAUAUGGUUCUUGUCAGAGUUGCAUAAAGCUCUAGAGAUGAAUACUCAGUGUAUUCCACAGUUUGCGUUUUUGUCAGAUGGAUCAAAGGGUAUAGCAGAUGCUUUAAAAACAAAGUUCCCUAGUUCAUUUCAUGCUGUUUGCAUGCGUCACUUGACUGACAGUAUUGGCAAGGAGUUUAACGACUCCAGACUAGUGCAUGCUCUGUGGCAAGCUGCUUCUGCAACAACUGUAGUUUCUUUCAAAGAAAAAAUGGCAGAAAUUGAGGACAUAUCAUCUGAAGCAGCCAAGUGGUUGCAAGAGUUUCCUCCUCAUAGUUGGGCACUUUUAUAUUUUCAAGGGAUAAGAUAUGGUCAUUUUUCCUCAAAUGUUGAGGAAUUCAAUAUAUGGAUUACUGAAGCAUGUGAAUUGCCUGUUAUUCAGGUGAUUGAGAAGAUUUACAACAAACUGACAACCAUGUUUGAGGAGCGACAUUCUAAGAGUAAGUCGUGGACAUCAGUUUUAGCUCCUUUUGCUGAAAAACGGAUUGAAGAAGCCAUUAAGUUGACAUCCUCUUACCAAGUCCUUCAGUCUGACGAGUUUGAAUUUGAGGUCAUAUCAGCUGAACGAUCAGAUAUUGUAAACAUUGGAACUCAUUGUUGUUCAUGUCGAUAUUGGCAACUAUAUCAAAUCCCGUGUUCCCAUGCAGUAGCAGCACUUCUUUCUUGCAAAAAAGAUCCAUAUGCCUUGACAGUAAAAUAUUUUACUGUUGAGAGUUACAGGGAGACAUAUUUGCCCAAGUUGCACCCUAUCCCCGGGAAAAUUGAGUUGAAAAGGUCUGGCGAGUCUCUGGUAAAUGAGGACAUACAAGUGGUCCGACCACCCAAGUUCCGUCGCCCUCCAGGUAGGCCCGAGAAAAAGCGAAUCUGCACCGACGAUAUUAAUCGGGAGAAGCAUGUUGUUCGCUGUAGCAGGUGUAACCAAACGGGGCAUUACAAGACUACUUGCAAAGCAGAGUCUGCAGAAAGGAUUUAACAUUAGAUCUGAUCGUGUAUUACUGAAAAGCUUAGUUGUAGAUAUCCUUGUGUAUAAAUCUGCACAUCAUUUGUGUAGCCACGAGCAAUUUGGCAUAUUGGCCAAGACCUCAAUGUGCAUAUAUUAGGGGUAUUUGUUUUGAUCUCUCUCAA